GAAGUCCCUUCCUUUCCACUUCCAUUUCCUCUAUCAACUUACAACCAUCGGAUCACCAUUUUCUUCAAUCAACUAUGGCGCCGAGAGACAAGGUUAAGGCGGCGGUGGCAGCCGGCUGCAAGGACAGAGAGGUACAUUUUAGAGGAGUGAGGAAGAGGCCAUGGGGAAAAUACGCGGCGGAGAUUAGAGAUCCGGCGAAGAAGAUCCGUGUGUGGCUAGGCACAUUUGAAACAGAGGAAGAGGCGGCGAUGGCUUACGAUGCCGCCGCCCGCAAAUUCCGCGGCGCCAAGGCUAAGACUAACUUUCCCUUUCCCUUUCCCGUUCCGGUUAUCGUCAACAGAAGUAGCACCGUUGAAUCCCCCAACCCAGACCUCACUCUUGACCUCAAUCACGAACCUGACGCUAUCGCCGCCGGAUCCACGCCGCCCUUCCCCUUCGGAAUUUUCCCGCCGACCAAUCACCUUUUCCUCUUCGAUCAUCCCAUUUUCCGCCACGGAAUGGUUGAGAUUCUUCAUAAUCAUCAAUCCGCCGCGAGUUUCGAUCGCCGCCACCAAAAAACAAUCCCCUGCGGCGGAGUUCAAAGUGACUCAGAUUCAUACUCCGUUAGUAAUCUCAACCAAAAUGACCACAAAUCAAGACCCAUUCUAGAUCUAGAUCUCAAUUUCCCUCCACCGGAGUCCGCGUAGGCUUCAAUUUUUCCGACAAAGAUGAAUUAUGGCAACAUUUUUGAAGCUCCAUGUCAAUUAAUACACGUGUACUAGCUAUCAGGACUAUCCAACUCCUUUUUGUUAAAAAAAAACAAAACAACUUCCGGCAACGGAGGAAGCUGAAAGAAGAAAGAAGAACAUGAUUAAUUGGGUUCUCCGUCCAUGUGAAGGUCAGCUCAGGCAGCCCAGAUCGCCGGACGGGACGAUAUUUGGAGGCGGAGGUUAGGGAGGGGUGAGGUCCACUGGACACGUAAUUAGGACAGAGGAAGACGACAAAACAUAGUUUUAUAUUAAGGAAGUGGCAAUUUAUUUGUGGUUUUUAUUUUAUUUACUAUUAUUUAAGUUUGUGGAGUUAUUAUGGAUAAAACCAAUUCCAAACCAUUUUAGUAUACAA